AUGAACCCUGAACAAAUAGACCAAUUACUUCGAAAUCAAGUAUCACAGCAACAACAAAUAACAGAAAUCCUGAAAUUUUUAGUUGAAACACGAAUUACCACACCCACACCAUUGAACAACAAUGGAACGGAAUUGCAGGUAACUACCUCAACACCGACAGAAAUAAAUAAAAUAGCCAUCAUUAAUAAUUUUAGAGGAGACAAAUUUGAACCGUCAAGUAACUCGUCAAUUGAAAAUUUUAUCGAAUAUUUUGAAGCCAAAUGUAGAAUAGGGGGUGAAAGUUACUUAAAUAUACAGAAAGACCUUUUAUUAUCAUGUUUAAAACCAGAAACAUAUCACGAAAUUAAAACAGCACUAAUACCCUCAUUCGAAAAUUCUACCUACGAUGAUAUUAAAAAUAAACUACUAGAUAUAUAUAAAACACGUAAAACAAGAUACAAGGCAUUGACUGAAUUUUGGUCUUGUAUCAGAGAUACCUGUGAAAGCAUGGAACAUUAUGCCAAUAGGUUAAAAGAACUCAGCAAAGAUUGCGGUUAUGAUGACACUAUAUUAGAACGACAGUUACGAGAUCGCUUCGCUACAGGGCUAAAUCAUCAACAAUUACAAAUUGAACUAAGACAAAAAUGGCCUGAUCUUAUAGAUACUCAAAACGGAAUAAAAACAGAAGUAACAUUUUUACAGUUAUUUGCUAUUGCUCAGUCUAGGGAACUAGCUGAAGCAGAUAUUAAUACAGAGUGUAACAUUAACAGAAUAUCUAACAAAACUGGAAACAGAAAAGAAGAAAACAUACGGAAACCAACACGCAAAUUACGCCUAGACCAAUGUCGCAGAUGCGGCAAGCACAAUAGACACAGCUUUAACAAAUGUGAAGCCAGAAAUCAUGAAUGUACAGAAUGUGGAGUUAUAGGUCACUUUGAAAGUUGCUGCAUUAAAACUGGCCGAGCGUACCUUGACAACUAUAAACCGCUUAAAAAAUCAACUAAGUUUCAGAAAAAUAGGCACUUAUACAGAAUUACAGAAAGAGCAAAUAUAACUAACAGAGUUUCACAAACACCAACUUCAUCAUUUUCAGGUAGCGAAGAAAGUGAGGAAGAGAGCAAUACCUACAAAAUACAAAAUAAAAAAACAAGCAGGUGUAAAAAAAUAGAUGUUAAAAUUAACGGUAUUAAGUGUACAAUGGAUUGGGAUCCAGGUUCCGUAUAUUCCAUCAUUAAUACUAAAAUGUGGAGAAAAAUUGGAUCACCCUCACUAAUGCAAGCACCCACAUUAAAAGCUUACUGUAACUUCAAACUAAAACCCAAAGGCUUAACUGAUAUUACUGUAGAAGUUGAUAACCGAAGUUUAAUAUUACCAGUAAUUGUAAUGAAGCAUGCUGAGCCAAUGCUCUUUGGCCUGCAGUGGAGUGAAUCUUUUGAUAUGAUUUUUCCGGAACCCGUUUACUCUAUAAAAAAAAUUGCAAUGACAACGAACAUGUCACUUAGGCGUGUAUUAGAUACUCACACUAGGCUCUUCGACGGAAAAUCACCAGCUCAAAUGAUGUUUGGACGCAGACUUACAUGUGAGUUAGACAAUGCCCGCCCGAAUCUAAAGCAUCAAUUGAGAUUUAAGCAAUUACAAGCAGACAUUCUGAACAAAAAUACAGAAGCUUUUAGACCCGGAGAUAACGUUUAUAUUCGAGAUAAAGUGAUGAAACAGUGGAAGCCAGGUGUUAUUAAGCAGAGAACACAUAAAUACUCAUAUAAAGUCAAUACACCCGAUGGAACAGAAAGGCGAAUGCAUGCAGAUCAUAUUAGGCCAAGAGCCAUGGAUAGAGAAAAUGAUACAAAAGCUGAACAUACACCAAUCAGCUCAACUUGGUUUGAACACAAAGCACCAGACAGAAAACAACCAAAUUCAUCUGAAAAAUCUACGGAACCAGUGACUCCGAUAAAAGCCUCGAUUCCUAAUAUUACACCCACAGAAACGAUAACGAUACAAUCAACACCUAGACGCAGAAGCCUAAUAGCAGAAACAAUCGAACAAGACAGGCUAACCAAUGAAUCGAAUAAGGAUAGAGAAUAUAAAGCGAUACAACGACGUAGUAAACGUACUAUAAAACCGCCACGAAGGUUGAUUGAAGAAAUG